CUGCGCUGUUAUAGGUAGUCUCCCUAAAACGGACUAUCUACUCUUGGGCGACCAAAAAAACGUGCCUGUCACUUUUACUGUAACUGUUCUGACAAUAACUCGUAAGAGGAUUGAUUGCUAACGUAUUUGAGGUUAUUACUGGCACAAACAGCACCAUGGAUCCUCCCGCAUACACAGACAAUGUAAAAAAGUUCAUUCCCGAGUAUCCUCCCCCUCCGCAGCGGCCCAAGAUAAAGAACAGUAGAGAUGUGUUUAAGGAGUUCUGUGAAUCGACUUCAAUCCCUGGUAUACCCAAGGCCACUGGGUCAGCAUUCUCAAUACUCAGACUAUUCUGGGCUAGUAUUCUUGUGGUAUCCUUGGCAACGUGUACUUGGCAGAUAAACACACUUUUUACGAAGUUUUAUAGUUAUCCGGUGAACGUUGUGAUUAAGAUGGGUUAUAAGCCGCUUGACUUCCCUGCCGUGACCGUGUGUAACCUCAACCGAAUCCGGCGGUCACAGAUUGACAAAGCGGGGCAGAGCUUCGUCAACACGCUUCAGGAGACAGCCGAAAGAAUACAAAGGCAGCGAGGAGGCGAGGCGGAAUCGAGUGCACGAAAGAAGAGAUCUAAAGCGACAUCAGAAGCUACAUCAGAUAGUGAAGGCAGCCUGUCAAUAAUGGACCAAGAUUCCGAUUCCGAUGAAACCUCUUCCACACGCGAGGCCAACCCUUUUACGACAGCUGAGGAUUCGAGCCUAUCUGUUAUAGAUUCAGACUCUGACAAUGUCACGACUACACCUAAGGCCAGUGCAGCAACAGAAGCAGACGAUUCGGGCCUGUCUGUUAUAGAUUCUGACUCUGACGAUGUCACGACUACACCUAAGGCCAGUGCAGCAACAGAAGCAGACGAUUCGGGCCUGUCAAUUGUAGAUUCUGACUCUGACAAUGUCACGACUACACCUAAGGCCAGUGCAACAACAGACGCAGACGAUUCGGGCCUGUCUGUUAUAGAUUCUGACUCUGACGAUGUCACGACUACACCUAAGGCCAGUGCAGCAACAGAAGCAGACGAUUCGGGCCUGUCUGUUAUAGAUUCGGACCCAAAUGAUGUUUCUACCUCAGCACUUCCUGAAACUACAGCAGUUAUCGAUGAUUCAGGCCUGUCCGUUAAUGAUUCUGGUCUCCCAGUGGAUUCUACGACAGAUGGUAUUGAGAGUACUUCUGAUGUAACUAAAGUAGACUCAACAACUACUGCGCCUACGGCAACACCGACUACUACUACGCCGGAGACGACCACAACUACUACACCAACGACAACAACAAGUUCUACGACGACUACAACCAUAACUUCACGUGCACCACCUGAAGACGAGGGGGACGCCACAGAAUUUUUCAAGCCGGUAAUAGAUUUAACUGAUAAACCUUGGUAUCAACCACAGCCAGAUGCAGUCCAAGAGGCGGAAAAGGAAGUCUCGCGAUCUCUCGCUACACUCUCGGGACGAACGAGACGCUUGAUGGCGCAUCAAAUCACCGAUUUCAUCCAGGAUGUGCAGUUUAAUGGGAUGAAUCUGCCUCCAACCAUAUUUGUGAGCUUUUUCUCCUACACGUAUGGUAACUGUUUCACUUUCAAUGCUGAUCAAAAUACCACCUAUAAAACUAGGAAGGCGGGUCCCUUGUAUGGGUUGACAAUGACAUUGAUGAUCGAACAGGACGAAUACAUUGACGACCUCUCGCCAGCUGCCGGGGCUAGAAUCGUCGUCCACGACCCGAAGGUUCAGGCCUUCCCAGAGGAAGAGGGUCUAAACUCAGCACCGGGGCAGUUGACAUCUCUUGCCCUAAAAUCGAGAAGAAUCAAACGUCUGCCUACGCCAUACGGAAACUGCACAGAUGGAGAAGGAAAAGUGACGCUUUAUAGAGGGAAGAAGUACACUGUCCAUACUUGCGGGAAGAGCUGCUUACAGUUGUACUACGUGAAGUAUUGUAGAUGUACGGUGUGGGAUAUUCCGUCUCCUGGACCACAACACAGAAUGUGCAGCACAAAGGACGCAAAAUGUACAGCAGACGUGUAUGCUAAUUAUACGAAUGGUGAUCUCGAAUGUGACUGCCCUCAGCCAUGCACAGAGACCAUCUACUCUGCAUCCAGUUCCAGUUCAGUUUGGCCGUCGGAGAGUUUUGUGGGCAACCUGAAGAGAUCUCUCAUGACUCGAGGUGGACGGGUGACGAAAUUGCUGAACAGAAGUGUUAAUGCCCUGAGAGAGAAUUUAUUACAAGUGAAAGUUUUCUAUGAAGAUCUCAACUUCGAAUCGUACGAGGAUAAGGAAGCCUAUUUGUGGGCGAAUCUCCUUUCCGACAUCGGCGGGCAGCUCGGGCUCUGGAUAGGCCUAUCAGUGCUGUCAUUGGCGGAAUUCAUUGAGCUGCUUGGCCUUGUAUUGGUCAGUGUCUUCACGGCGGCGAAGGAUAGGACGCCCAAUAAAAAAGAAGAAGCAGGCAUGUUCGAGACAAAAGUAUGAGAAAACUCGUCGCAUUUUUGUCACCGAUUUUCUUGUUGCUUUCA